UUACAAUCGGUCCCAACGCAAUAAAAACGCACCAAAAGUUACAAAGACAGCAGAUAACGACAGAUUAUGAUACACGUAACGUUUGCCACGAUGAAAAUGAUCAUAGGAUGGACGGUAGAUUAACAUGUUGUUAAAUUUUAGUAUCAUGUAUUUACUAUGUAAACUAGAGUGAAGUAUUAUAUGAUAUAAUGCGGGGUUUGUUUUGUUUUCUCUUUCCUGAACUGUAAGCGAUAGAGCAUGUUGCAUGCCCCGAACCUUGCCAUGAGGGAGUUCCAACCAGGGAGCUUCGUGUACGAUGCAGAGGAUAUUCCAUUUGGGACACUCUGGUGGUUCUUCUAUGCUGGAAUUUCAUGCCUCCUUGUUUUCUUUGCUGGGAUUAUGUCUGGUCUCACACUUGGUUUAAUGUCUCUGGGUCUCGUUGACCUUGAGAUUCUCCAGCGGAGUGGCUCCUCCACUGAGAAGAAACAAGCUGCUGCUAUUCUACCCGUUGUUCAGAAACAGCAUCAGUUGCUUGUCACCUUGCUUCUUUGUAACGCUUGUGCCAUGGAGGCACUUCCAAUUUACCUUGACAAGAUUUUUCAUCCUUUUGUAGCAGUAGUGUUAUCUGUGACUUUCGUUCUAGCUUUCGGAGAGGUUAUCCCACAAGCUAUAUGCACAAGAUAUGGACUUUAUGUUGGUGCUAAUUUUGUGGGGCUUGUACGGGUCCUGAUGAUUAUCUGUUACCCAAUUGCUUACCCUAUUGGAAAGGUUCUGGAUGUUUUACUUGGACACAGUCAUGCACUGUUUAGGCGAGCACAGCUGAAAGCCCUUGUUUCAAUCCAUAGCCAAGAGGCUGGAAAAGGAGGUGAACUCACUCAUGAUGAGGCAACAAUUAUCAGUGGAGCACUAGAUCUCACAGAGAAGACGGCACAGGAGGCUAUGACACCAAUUGAAUCAACAUUUUCCUUGGAUGUUGCUUCCAAAUUGGACUGGGAAGCAAUUGGGAAAAUCCUUGCACGAGGUCAUAGUCGUGUCCCUGUAUACAGCGGAAACCCCAAAAAUAUAAUUGGCCUCUUACUAGUAAAAAACCUUCUUACUGUAAGAGCUGAAACAGAGACUCCAGUUAGUGCUGUUUCAAUCCGGAGAAUUCCUAGGGUUCCAGCAGAUAUGCCUUUAUACGAUAUCCUCAAUGAGUUUCAAAAAGGAAGCAGCCAUAUGGCAGCAGUAGUCAGGGUUAUAGGAGAGAAAAACAACCCUCCAAAACCUGGUUACAGUGAGAAAUCAAAGGAUAAAGAAGUCAUCAAACAUACUUCUCAACUAACUAUGCCAUUACUAGCCAGGUUUUGUGAGAAAUCAGAAAAUACUGUUAUCAAUAUUGACAAACAAUUUCAAAAAGAUGGCACUUCAACAAAUGGUAUCCACCACUCUCUUGACAACGCCGAAGACGGUGAGGAAGUUAUUGGCAUCAUUACCCUGGAGGACGUGUUUGAAGAACUCCUGCAGGAAGAAAUUGUGGAUGAGACUGAUGUGUAUAUAGAUGUACAUAGAAGAAUACGCGGGGCUGCUGUGGCAGCAGCUACAUCUGUGGCAGCAGCUACAUCUGUGGCACGAGUUCCAUCUGGGCGAAAGUUGACAGGUCACAAGCCUGUA